AUGGACGAGGCUUCUGUCAACGGCGAACAUCCUCCGCUCUUUACCGCUAUGACGGAGUACGUCGGCCGAACCGGCCGCGUCCUACCGGGAGACAAGCCUCUGCAGCCGGCUUUCGGGAUGGAAUUCGAGUCGUACGAGGACGUUUACUUCUUCUACAACUGCUACGCGAGGCAUUCAUACAAGUCACAUUGGGCCGUGGGUGUCGGGAGCAAGAGGCCCGUGGCAGAGAACGGUGGUGGGAAAAUCAGGCUGUUUAGGACAGUGGUCGUUGAUGAGGUAGAUGCUAGGGUUUUGGAUUUGGAUGAGGCUGGAAUCGGGGCUAAAUUGAGCCUCGAAAAGGGUUACGCUCGAGAAAUGGUCGAUUUUUUCACGAGGAUGCAGUUGGGUGACCCUAGUUUCUUUUACGUCAUGGAUGUUAAUGGGAGGGGAUGCUCGAUGAAUGUGUUCUGGGCCGAAGGGAAGUGUAGAGCUGCAUAUGGAUAUUUUGGUGACGUUGUAUUUAUUGAUGCAAAAGCUUUGGUAGGAAGAUACAAGAUUCCGCUUGUGGUUUUUACGGGUGUGAAUCAUCACGGGCAGACUUUACCGUUAGGUUGUGGUUUGGUUUUGGGGCAAACUGUGGAUUCUUUUGUGUGGCUGCUCAGGGCAUGGCUCACGUAUAUGGUGGGCCGCACGCCCAAAACGGUCAUUACAAGUUGGUUUGAAUUCUUGCAAGCUGCUGUUGCCGAAGUUCUUCCUCGGGCUUUCCAUUGUCUUGAUUUGAGAAAUAUUGUGGAUAUGGUUUUAAGCGAAUUCAAAGUGUUUGAGGAGUUUGAUGCAAUUAGGAAGGCUUUUACUGGAGCAGUAUUCCACUCUUUGUGUGAGAACGAGUUUGAAGCGGCUUGGGAAGAAAUGGUGCAGAGACAUGGACUCUCGAGUUGUGACUCAAUAAAAGCAUUGUAUGAAGAGCGCAAGCGGUGGGCCCCAGUCUAUCUGAAGGAGGUUUUCCUUGCCGUCAUGUUUCCUGUGAAAAAAAAAGGAGCUGUUGAUUUCACCUUUCGAGAGAUGCUUGAGCCCGGAUACUUCCCUCCAAGAAUUUCUUGGCAGUUACGAGCGUGCUAUAUCUGA